UGUUAUAAGAAUUACAUAAAUGUUACUUUGCCACUUAUUCGUUAACUGGUUCGUAGUUUAUAAAAUUAUGUAUGUCUAGAAAUAGUCAGAGAAACAAACGGUGAAUAAAACAAGAAUGUCCGUUUCUCGCGUUGAAGAACUAAUCAGUUACUUUAAGUCCCACAACAAAAUCAGGGAACUACAAAGUCAUUCUGCUAAAGUACACAGUGUAGGAUGGAGUUGCGAUGGAAAACUAUUAGCAUCGGGCUCGUUUGAUAAAUCCGUUUGUAUCUUUUCCCUCGGGCCCGAUCGUUUGAAACAAGAAACAACAUUUAAAGGACACGGUGGUAGCGUUGACCAACUAUGUUGGCAUGCUUUUUAUCCAGAACUGUUAUCUACAGCGAGCGGAGACAAAACAGUUCGUAUAUGGGACACAAGAACUCAAAAAUGCACUGCAAAUAUCAGUACAAGAGGAGAAAAUAUUAAUAUAUCCUGGUCACCUGAUGGCAAUACAAUAGCAGUUGGAAACAAGGAAGAUUUGGUAACUUUCAUUGAUGCACGAAUAAUGAAGAUUCGCGCAGAAGAACAGUUCAACUUCGAAGUAAAUGAAAUUUCCUGGAACAAAGACUCCGACACUUUUUAUCUCACAAACGGUCAAGGCUGUGUACAUAUUCUUAGCUAUCCAGAUCUAGAAUUGUUACAUGUAAUCAAGGCACAUCCUGGGACAUGUAUUUGUAUAGAAUUUGAUCCUACCGGAAGGUACUUCGCUACCGGUUCGGCGGACGCGUUAGUUUCGCUAUGGGAUGCAGAUGAAUUAUGUUGUUUAAGAACAUUUUCAAGAUUAGAAUGGCCAGUGAGAACUAUAUCGUUCUCUUACGACGGACAGUUAUUAGCUGCGGCGUCCGAGGACCUCGUUAUAGAUAUAGGGGAAGUGGAAACCGGCGAAAAGAUCACAGACAUACCCGUGGAAGCAGCAACUUUCACAGUCGCGUGGCAUCCGAAACAAUAUUUAUUAGCAUACGCGUGCGAUGACAAAGAUACUUACGACAGAAAGAGAGACGCCGGCAGUCUGAAAGUAUUUGGAUUUGCUAAUGAUUAA